UUUCCCGUCGGGUUUGAUAUACACGAAAUCAUUUUGUCCUUGGACGUGAGGCCGGUGUCGGCACAAGCAAAAAUUUCUUUCUGUCACCCGCUGUAAGAAGAUGUGGCGGGCAGCAGCGAGGGGUGUAGCGCCGCGUAUCAAGAGUUCAACUGUUUUUAAACCACUGCAGCAGAGAUGUAUGUCUUCUGGAGUGCCACAGAAGAAGGGAGGGAAACUGAAGUGGUUUAUUUUGCUGCCAUCAGCAGCGUUGGGAGGUGUUGCAGCAUACGGAGAGUUUGUUGACCCAGAGGUCAAGAAACUGAUGGAGGAAAAUGUAUACAGCCCAUUUCAAGAAUACGUCUAUAAACCAGUAAUGGAUAUGAUAGCAGGAUCUGGGAAACCAGCAGAGGAGGAGCAAAAGCCACUUGUUAAAGUCAUUCCUGCCAAGCCAGUGGAAAAGAAACCCGAGCCAGAGAAGACUGCUGUGAAAGCAGCACCAGCUAGCCCUGUCCCAGCAGCACCUGCACAGCCCCAGCCAGCCGGGAUGUCAGCCAAAGAGAGAGAAAAGUUAGAUAUAGAGCAGAAACUACAGCAACAGAGGGAGAAAGAGAAGGCCGAAAAUACAGCUCUAGAAUCCAAACUCCAAGAGUUGAUGAAUGUGUGUAAAACAGGACUCCAGGAAGCCUCAGAGAUUCAAAACGAGGUCAUCUCUGCUGUCAAGAAGCAUGCACAAGCCCUGCAAACAGCAAUGGACGACAAAACAGAUAUCUUGAAUAAGGAUGGACAGUGGAAAGCUGUGACUGACGCAUUCCAGAAACGAGAAGUGAUCACUGAUAAUGCCAAGAAGGUGAUGGACUCUCUCAGGUCAGAAAAGGAGAAGUUGAAAGCCAUGGUGGAAGAAGCCAGAAAUAACAAGUCUACUAAGAGUAACAAAAUUCUGAACCAAGCACAGGAGGCCUACAACACAGUCAGCAGUAAACUUAAUGCCAUAGAGUCGGCGAUUGCUAAAAGUGAGUCGGAGAACCGGGGACUAGUCAAGUUUAAUGAUCUAGUCGAGGAAGGUAAAAAGAAGUUUCAGAAAGAACUGGAGAGUUUGAUGCCAGAUGUUAAGCCAGGAAAAGGCAAAAAACUGAGUGAGGAAGAGUUGAAUUCUCUGAUUGCACAUGCUCACCGGCGUAUCGAGCAGCUUCAGCAUCAGCUGGCCAAUCACCUGGCAUUGGAGAAGGAGAGGAUACAGGAGGCCCUGGAUAUGCAGCGAAAGGCCGACGAAAGUGUGUGCGACAGGAGGAUUGAAGACGAGGCGCAGAAAAUUAGAAACAACGUGGACCUGGAAAAACAAAAAUGGGGUGAGGAGGCACGGGUCCAGUUUGAGGUGGAGCUGAGGCAGCAGCUGGCCCGCCAGGCCGCCGCCCACAGUGACCACCUACAGGAGGUGCUGAAGGUCCAGGAACAGGAGCUCCUACAGAAGUACGAACGACAGUUCAACCUCAAGUUCAUCGAAGAAAGACAGGCGUUCCAGGCAGAAAUUGCCGGAUGGGUAGCUCGCCUCAAGGGCAUUGAAACUGCUGUUGAAAAUCGAGCCGCUGCAGAGAAGAUAGCUCGCGAGGCCCAGGACUUGUGGUUAGCCUGCCUGGCUUUAAAUGGCACCAUCCGCCGCGGUAAGGAGGAGGAGUUAGCCUGGGAAGAACGCCUCAAACCUCUCGGUAACGAGAUAGUGGCGGUGUAUGAUGCCGCAGGUAACCAUCCAUUUGUCAACAUGAUUGUCAGCACCAUCCCAGAGAAGGCGUACGUUCGUGGAGUGUGGACAGAAGACACUCUACGGGAACGAUUCGAGAAGGUUUCCAGUGUAUGUAAAAAAGUGGCUGCCAUUGAUGAAUGUGGUGGUACUCUGUAUAAAUACUUCAUCUCCUAUCUACAGUCGGUAUUUAUAAGCUUCAGGAGUUAUGACGUAAAGCAUUUAAAUGACCAAGUGGAUGUUGAGAGUAUGGACAAUUUCGAAAUCUUGGCCAACGCUAGCUACUGGAUGGACCGCGGAGAUUUCGAGACAGCUGUCAGGUACAUGAACCAGCUGCAGGGAGAGGCCAGAAAAGUGGCUGGUGAUUGGCUGAAAGAGGCCAAGCUUCUGUUAGAGACUCGACAAGCGGCCUUCGCCCUGACAGCGUUCGCUUCAGCCAGCGGAUUGGGAACAGUGUUCUAAUGGGUGAUGUGUAAAUCUUGAGUGCUUAAUCAGACGUGACAGAAAUAUGGUGUUUGAAUUAUGAAAGGAAUUAAAGAUCAUAAACCUC